AUGUCCGGAACAGGAUAUCGCAAGUACCGUUGCAAGUACUGGCAGCUGGAAGAGACGAAGCAGUCAUUUCACCAUUCCAGUAUAAAUCCUCCUCCACUACUUAUACCGACACCAAUAUCACUUCCACUCAACCUGCCUCCAUCAGUCAGCCCGCCCGCCCCUCCGGGACAUUGGUUCAUCCAGGAACCAGGUCAAAAGUGGUCCGAGAGAUGGGCCUCCGCUACCAGCGAUGAGAAAAAUAAGUACGCAUUUGAGCUGGCUAAUAGUGAAGGUGGUAUGGAUCUCAUGAGAACCAAUUUUUCUCGAGAUGUGAAAGCUCCGGAACAUUGGGUACAUGAUGAUAUUGUGUAA